UAUACAUCCGGUGAAACAUCUGGGUACUUCUUCUAUCUGUGGCCAUGUUCCACCAACGGGCUUACGGUGAAGUUAUCUCAAAAAUAUGGUUUAUACGUUUUCAAACAACACUGAGGUCGAGUUCGCAACAGGUUUGCGUCCGGCUUCUCCCCAGCCCUCGCUGUUUCUUCGACGAACCGGUGCACGUGAAGGUAGAUGGACUUUCUCCCCACCAGAAAGUAGAGUUGAGGUCCAAACUCAAGGACGAUAAAGGGGUCAUCUUUAGAGCUUCCGCUCUGGUCGCUGCAGAUGCUAGCGGACAGGUGGACCUGUGUCGCUCUCCUUCUCUGGGCGGCAGCUACACAGGAGUUGAAUCCAUGGGCUUGUUUUGGGCCAUGGUGGCCGAGACUCCACACAGCAAACUGUUAAAAAAAAAUGUUUUGGGUUCAAUGAUGGUUGACAUAGAAGUGCUGCAUGGGGACACAGGUGAGCUCUUGGCCACAGAGACCAACGAGAGGCUGUUCAUGACGGAAGGGGUAAGGAGAAUACCGUUGGGCAUGAAAGCAGGGAGAAUACGGGGAGUCCUCUUUCUACCACCCGGGCAGGGUCCAUUCCCUGGUGUACUGGAUGUGUAUACUCUGGGUGGAGGUAUAUCAGAGGUCCGGGCCAGUCUGCUGGCUAACAAAGGCUUUGUGGUUCUGGCUCUGGCCUACUUUGGCUUCCAGGACCUGCCCAGAACCGUGCCCAAAUACUUUGACCUGGAGUACUUUGAAGAGGCUAUCACUUUCCUGAGGCAACAGCCACAGGUACAGGGUCCAGGAAUAGGAAUCCUGUCCAUCUCGAAGAGUGGGGAUCUGGCUCUGUCCAUGGCUUCUUUUCUCUCUGGCAUCUCAGCCACAGCCUGGAUCAACGGCAGCAACGCUAAUACGGUGGUGCCACUGCACUACAAAGACCUCAUCAUCCCUUCCAUCACGCCUAUUGUUGAGAAUGUCACCUUCUCCCCGUCCGGCAUCCUAGACAUCCGAGACGCCUUACCAGACCCAGAGACUGAGGUGAACCGCGGUUCCGUAAUCCCAAUAGAGCGUUCCAGUUCUAGGUUCCUCUUCGCCGCCUCUGAGGACGACAGGAACUGGAACAGCUGUCUCUUCGCCCAACAGGCCGCCGCCCGGCUGAGGCAUCAUGGGAAAGAGAACUUUGAGGUGGUGAUGUACCCCAGGGCGGGGCAUUUUCUGGAAGUACCCUACAUACCCCACUGCCCAUCUGGCUUCCAUCCCGCGGUUGGUCAAGUGGUGGUGUUUGGGGGAGAGGCUAAAGCCCACCAUCAGGCUCAGCUGGACCUGUGGAGGAGGGUCCAGGAGUUCUUCAGGAAACACCUGGAGGGGAACAACACUGGCGAAAAAGCUACGUUAUAUACUAGAGGAGAACUGGUGACCAUCACCACGGGGCGCUAUGGAUGUCACACCUCCUGCUGAAACUUCCUGCCAAAGAGUAGAAACCAAAGAAUACACAUGCAGGUAGUAUUCAUUGAGUAGUACAGUGGUGUAUUAGAUGCUUUUAGAAGAUGCACACAGGAUUACUGAAGUGAGAGAAUAAAUAUAUAAGUGAAUAAAGACCUCCAUUCCAGACAAAUGACUCACUUGAUGUGUUUGAAGUUGGAUGAGGCUCCUGAACAGAGGGAACGUGCCAUCUCCUGAGCCGACAUUAUGUUGCCUGUCUUCAUCACAGAUUGUGUUCACCCCAUGUAGACAACAAGGGGAAAUGCAUGCUGAGUUCUGAGGUUUGUACUGCAGUCUAUCUAACUAAGCCAGAUAUUAAACUCCUUCAACUGUGUUCCUUUUUUGAAGCCACCUUGCUGAACUUAUGUUUCACUGGGCCACGGCCCAUUAAGAAGCUUAGUCUUGAAGCUCCCUUCCUCAGG